AAUUUUUGUUUCCAGUCCUGCUCCAGCUCGAUCGUCACCACAGUCAAAAUGGCGGAUGGUUCAAAUGUAAGUGUUUACGAGUGCAGUGUGUGUAAGCGUCAGACGCAAGACGUAAACUUUCUCCUCAUGCACAGUUGUACACAAGGCUCAGGUACAGCAGAACAUCUUAAUUUGUUUUUUCUUGUGGUUUUUGUCAGUUUUUAAAGACAAAUAUAUUACUGGCUUCUCCGAAUGUUGACGAUGUUUUCCCGCGUUUUUCUCUUAGCGGUAUGUGACCCUAGCCCUUACGGCAUUGACAGUCAGUGCGAAAAAGAUCCACAGCUCAGUCCAACAACCUCCACUAGUUUAACCAAAGCCCUGGAAAGAUUGAAGGACACAUACAUCCGUUUACUUAUUGCAAGCUACCUGAAGUUCAAAGACGAAUUUGGGAAGUCACAUAUUACCCAACAACUCAAGUAG